UGCCGGAGAUACUAUUUUUGCCUCCGGAAUCUAAAUUUGAUCUUCCCGUCUUCUUCUUGCAGAGGACUUCAGAGCAAGAAUCUGUCAGAAAAUAUGGAAACAUCUGAUGAGAUCUACGAUAAUGAUGGGACGGUAACCCCAGAAACACGAGGGGGAAAGCCUCGGAAAAGGAAGUCGACGGUGUGGGAGCACUUCACCAUUGAGGAUGCAGGUCCCGGAUGCAGAAUGGCAUGUUGCAAGGGGUGUAAACGGAGAUUUUCUUACAGUAAUGGAUUUAAAGUCUUGGGUACCAGUCAUCUUAGGCGCCACAUCUACAACGGGACUUGCCCAGCACGCCUUCAUCUCCAGGGGAAUAAUCAGCUGUCACCAUACACACUCGAGAAUGUCACACAGAGAAGACAAUACCAGACGUCUAGCACACCCUACAUUCCAUUCGAUCAGGACCGUUGCCACCGUGAGAUCGCCAAGAUGAUCAUCAUGCAUGAUUACCCUCUUCACAUGGUUGAAUGUCCCGGAUUUGUGUCAUUUGUCCAGAGUCUUCAGCCUCAGUUUGAGAUGGUGAACUUCAACACCGUUCAAGGAGACUGUGUCGCGACUUACCUUGCAGAAAAGCAGAAUGUCAUGAAAUAUCUCGAAGGCAUUCCUGGCCGGUUUGGCCUUACUCUUGACAUUUGGACUUCGAAGCAAACUCUAGCCUACGUGUUUGUAACCGGUCACUUCAUUGAUGGCGAUUGGAAGCUGCAGAAAAAGCUUCUUAAUGUCGUGGUGGAACCAUUUCCGGAAUCUGACGCAGCUCUGAGCCGUGCUGUUGCUUCCUGCAUUGCUAACUGGAAUCUUGAUGGAAAGAUGUUCUCUGUUACAUCCAACCAUCCGGCUAGUAAAGAAGCCAUCGAAAAUCUAAGAAUUCUACUCUCCGCCAAGAACCCGAAUAUCUUCAAUGGUCAGUUGUUGAUCGGGAAUUGUAUUGCCCGCCUCUUCAGCAACCUUGCGAAAGACGUGUUUCUUAAAGGAGCAGAUGUGAUCGAGAAGAUCCGUGAUAGCGUGAAGCAUGUGAAAACCUCUGAAUCGCCCGAGGAAACGUUUCAAGUUCAUACAGAGAGGACACCACUUUCCCUCGACGAUCAAACUCAAUGGAACACGACGUAUCUGAUGCUCGUGGCUGCUUCGGAAUCAAAGGAAGUGUUCUCAUGUUUAGGGACCGCUCCAUCAGCCGAGGACUGGAAACGGGCCGAGACCCUUUGCACGUUCUUGAAGCCCCUUUAUGAUGCAGUAUCCACUCUUGAAUCUAAUGUAAACCCACAUGCGGUUAACUGUUUCCACGAAAUCAGGAAGACGCAUUCAGAUCUCUCUCGUGCCAUCGCUCGUGAAGAGGAUCCUUGCAUCGGCGACCUCGUCAAAACCAUGAUAGUGAAGAUCGAAAAGUACUUGAAAGAUUCUAGCUUGGUUUUGGCCAUGGCUGUGGUAAUGGAUCCUCGGUACAAAAUGAAGCUUGUGGAGUUCAGUUUCUCAAAACUAUUCCGAGAAGACGCCCGUAAGAACAUCAAAGCUGUGGAUGACAGGCUUCACGAGCUCUUCAACGGGUAUUUAGCGCUUCCUCAGCCGCUCACUCUGGCCUACGCUGAAGGAGAGAGCAGCCUGAAUCCCGAUGGAUUAGCAGAUUUCGACGUGUAUAUAAUGGAGACGAUGGGACGGAAUCUGAAAUCCGAGUUGGAUCGGUACCUGGACGAGACAUUGUUGCCUCGCCAUGUUAAGGAGUUCAAUGUGUUGGAAUGGUGGAAGCAUAACAAGCUGAGAUACCCGACGUUAUCGGGGAUGGCUCGGGAUAUUCUAUCGAUCCCGAUGUCGGCUGCUGCGGAUUUCGGUAAUGUUUUCGACAUAGAGUCGAGGGAGAUGGAUGCUUACAAGACAUUGCUUAGGCCUGAGACGGUGGAAGCUCUGAUAUGUGCAAAGGAUUGGUUUCAAUCUCAAUCUCAACCCCCAAAACUCCAAUGUCAAAACCGGACAAUAAGGGACUAUUAAGUUUGUGGUUUUAGUAAAAAUAACAACAACAACAAAACUGAAAACUUAUUGUGAUUCGUAUUAGGAUUCUUUGAAUUUUUCAU